GAUGAAACAGGUGCCUAUUUAAUAGACAGAGACCCAACCUACUUUGGGCCAGUGCUGAACUAUCUCAGACAUGGGAAACUGGUUAUUAACAAGGACCUAGCUGAGGAAGGUGUGCUGGAAGAAGCUGAAUUUUACAAUAUCACAUCACUAAUAAAACUGGUAAAGGACAAAAUAAGAGAAAGAGACAGCAAAAUCUCACAGGUGCCAGUCAAACACGUAUACAGAGUGCUGCAGUGUCAGGAGGAGGAACUCACUCAAAUGGUUUCGACAAUGUCCGAUGGCUGGAAAUUUGAACAGCUGGUCAGUAUUGGUUCUUCCUAUAACUAUGGCAAUGAAGAUCAGGCUGAAUUUCUGUGUGUUGUCUCAAAGGAAUUGCAUAACACUCCGUACGGCACAACGAGUGAACCCAGUGAAAAAGCAAAGAUUUUGCAAGAACGAGGUUCCAGGAUGUGAAGACAGCGUUGAACGGUGACAGUUUUUUCUCUUUCGUUCGAAGAUGCAGUGAAUUGUCACUCUGAGGAGGCUUGGCUGCAAAAGAAAAAAAUCUGAUUUAGACAAUUUUCUGUUGAUCUGGGUUCAACCAUUUUUGCCUACAAGCUGGUGUCAACUGGCUGGAAGCGUUGCAAGACUACGUAACGGGAACAGAUGGUGUGGGAGUGUGUGUUGGGUUUUGGUUGUAGUGCAUGGUUGUACUCUCUUGUGGGCUGAUUGACACUGGUCGUUGGGAAAGGAAUGACCAUGCACUCCCAUUUUCCUUGGAGACAUGUAGCACUUAAUGCCUGGUGCUGGAUGACCCAAUGUUGAUCAGUUUGGAGACAUUUUCCCACUAAUCAUUGUAAACCUUAAAAGGACAAUGUUAAUUGGUGCUACACACACAGACACACACAGACACAGACACACACAGACACACACGUUACCCCCAGGUGCAAGUAUUUGGGCCUACAUUGUUUCAGAAUCAGUGGCAGCCCCAGCUGACUGUGUCAUACUGCACAUUC